AUGGCUCCCCCCCAAACAGUGGAUGCACUAUCAAAUGCCAUAGUUGCUCGGUUCCUGCGCAGCCAUGACUAUUCCGAGACAUUGAAGGCUUUUCUCCGCGAGGCUGACCUUGCUCCCGACGUGGGGCAGAGCUCGGGAGACGACACCAACAACUGGUCCAUCCAAAGCUUGCUCGAAGAGAAAAACAUUUAUGACCAAACCGUGAAUUUUGAAAGAUAUGGCAAGGAUCAUCAGCAGUCGACUUUAUGGAGCGAGCCAGCACCGUCAAGACCUUCUGUCAUCCAGACACCGACAUCAUCAAAUGUCCUUGCUGCGUCGGUAGAGCAAUGGCAGAACCCCCGCGGCGAUGCCGAUGAAGCCGCCGCAGACGCUGCAUUAGCGCAGCCUUACAUCGUUUCCACGGGUGCAGACAAAAAAGUCCAUUUACUCGAUACAGCAGGAGGCAACCCGGCUAUCAGAUCAUUCUCGAGCCUCUCUAAUUCACCCGUUCUAUCAUUUACCUCCAUCCUCCAGGGCCGAUACAUCCUCAUGACCAACAUGUCCGGACAGCUGCUCCUCCAGCAUGGACCUCAAACGCUGGACAGCAGAAAGGACCAUGCAAAGUACGCGGUGAAUGUUGUAGCCUUCGAAGACAAGGCUGAUCCUUCCAAGUGGUGGGUUGCUACGGCCGGGUGGGACGAGUGUGUUUUCUUAUAUUACCUCAACAUCCCCGACGAAGCAAACGCACCAGCUCUCAAGAUCGGUGAGCCCGUUACACGCAUUAAACUCAUUUCAAACCCGGAAUCCCUGCUGUUUGUCCCACAUGUGGAUACCAAUGAGCUACUCCUCCUCGUCUCUCGCAGAGACUCGACUUAUAUCUACUACUACCAGGUAGAAGCAGCAUUGGGAGAAACCGAUACUCGUGAAAACGAUGGAGCCGCUGCUGAGAAGUCCUCGCGAGAAGCUCGCCUUCUUGGACAGCAGAACCUGGCUCCCCAUUCCAAUGCCUGGGUUGCGUUCUCACCGGCCCAUAUGGUGCUCAGUCCACACGACCCGGGCCUUCUGGCCGUAGCGACGUCGACAUUGCCCAACAUGAAAGUGAUCAUCGUGCGUCUGCUAUUCCCUGCAGUGAAGACGGCGCCUGCUUCAGAGGACCCGGUGACACAGGCGUCUCAGGCACUGGCAACACUGGAACUGCAGAACCGCGAGGAUGCUGCUAUCCUCGUGCAGGCGAACACUUUUGCCCCGCAAACUGAUUACUCCACACCGCAGGUGGCGUGGCGGCCGAAUGGGUCUGGAGUCUGGGUCAAUGGAGAUGAUGGUGUUGUUCGCGGCAUCGAGACGAAGACAGGGAAGGUCAUUGCUACGUUGAAAGGUGGACAUGAACCGGGCUUUAAGGUGAGAAGUGUUUGGUCGGGGUAUGUUGCUGUACCCCAGACAGAGGGUGACCCGGUCUGGGAGGAAUGGGUUAUCAGUGGUGGGUUCGAUAAAAAGUUGGUUGUUUGGAAGGUAUGA